CAUGUAGGCUAAUUAGCCUCUAACUUUUAAUGUUAUAGAUAUGUGUAAUUACAGGAGAAUUUGAUGGGUUCCUUGGGGGAUAGAGAUAGGCUACCCAUGCCUCAAGCACGCAGUCUGCAUGAGCUUUGAUUUUAUACACCUGUAGCAAGAGACCUGAAACCCAUGAAUAGGCUUAAAUUCCUAAAGGCAGCAUCAAAGGGUCAUCUUUGGUCAAAUCCGCAGUCACCUCAAUAACGUUACCAUCAGUCUGUCUAACUGACUGUUGCCUUACGAUUUGGCAGUGAAAACAUAAUCUGGUGGCGGGUGCUUUAAGAUAAGUAAGGGCAAAUCGGAGACAAAUGAAGCAUUAUCUUCGGAGCCAUGUCAAGUAAUGGCAAGCCGCUAUGUUGUAGGCUACCGUCAGACAGAAGGCAUGAGUGAUUUUGUUUCUACUAGAGCUAAGUUUAGCAUGGUACAAGGAUGUUUAGGAGUCCCCAGCUGUUGGCCUUACCAAGCCUAAAAGGGACCCAAAGAUCACUGCUACUCUUCUCCAAAGAGGCCCUGCCGUCCAUUUGCCCUAGACACCAGAGGAGUGGACCCGAUGGAAGAAGAGCACUCUCCCUGGGAUUUGUUGAGAAAUCAUGUUGCUCAAAGAAGGAAGAGGAUAUUCAAGACAAACUACCUCAGGACAUUGCAAAAGAGCAGAAAAUCAUCAGAAAAACACAAGCAAACCAAGGGUCUCCUGACAACAGCCCUCCAGCCCCAGAUGAACUGACUAAAAUUGCUCCUUGUUCACAGCACCUGAAGCUAUCAAUUAACAGACUUUUUUCCUGUAGUGUACAUCCAUUGUCUUCUACAUGGUUAGCUCUGCCUUCACACAACCACUCUCAAACCAAUUCACUGGAGUAUUUGAUCAAUGCUGAGACCUCGGGCAGGUCUGACCACAAGUGCCUCUUGCUGCAUAGUCAUAACCAAGCCGGUAAGCAGAAAGUUGGUGCUACCACAUCAUGCAAUAUUGAGAGUGAGCAGCAUUCGCAUUCAUCAGUGUCAUUUCUCAGGGGGUCUCAUAAGCUUCUCUUUCCUCGAUCACUUUUAUCUACGCCAAACCUAUGGACUCGCAGCAGCAUCGUCGCGGGGAGGUUGUGGGAACAGCACCUGGCGAUCCAGGCCUGUGGUAUGCAUGGUGCGACCCAGCUGAAGGUAAACCCGGAGUACUGCCUGUCUGCCGAGAACGAGGACAGAUGUCGGAAAAGGCUAGAGUCCAACGCGGCACUGUACCAGAAGGAGAAGGGGAAGAGUUGGGCAGCUGUGCUGGUCUGCCUCUGCACUGAAAGGGGAGAGCCAGCUUUCUUGUUCACUCUCCGCUCCAGCAAGCUCAAGGGCAGGCACAAGGGCGAUGUCAGUUUUGCAGGGGGUAAGAAGGACCCUGCUGACACAGACAUUGUGGACACUGCUCUACGGGAGGCUCAUGAGGAGUUGGGAGUUACUGUGAGGGCGGAUCAGGUGUGGGGUGUUCUCAAGCCUCUGCGGGACAUGUCUGGCAUGUUGAUCGCACCCGUACUUGCUAACCUCGGGCCCCUGGAGGCCCUGUCAUUUCGGCCUAAUCCUAGUGAGGUGGAGGAGAUUUUCACACUCCGCCUGGCUCACGUCUGCAACCCGAGGAACCGGGGCUACACAAACUUCCGAACAGGCGACCGCUAUGGCUACACUCUCCCGGUGUUCUGUAAUGGGAAGCACCGUGUCUGGGGUCUCACGGCUGUGGCAUUGGAACACACACUCAAACUCAUCGUGCCGCCAUAGCAGCCCAGCCAAACUGAUUCGUCAUAUUUCUCCCGUGGAAACGAACGCCCAGCUGAGUUACUGCCAAAGCAUGCAGAGCUGUAAAGACUUAAAAUGAAAAUGCAGUUUGGAAUGUAAUUUGAUAUUUUAUUCCUUACCUCAAACAGAUGUACACAAAAAAACACUCUAGUAGUCAUGUUUAAAACCUAUACUAAUAAUUGUUAAAUAUGCUUCCAGUAUUUCUGGAACACCUGAUCAAGUAACACGAUAGGUCUAGUCUGGUAUUUCUGAGUGGUGGUGCUGAGACGUCUCUUUUUCCAGUGAUUUUACUUCUAUGCCAAUUUGAAUAAUUGAAUAAUGAUCACAGCCUGGAAUAAAAAGCCAUCUGCUUUCACCUGAAUUAUUGCAGUCGUGCUAUGUUAAAGAUGCCGUGAUUAUGUAAGACAUCCAGAUAAGAUGGCAUACAUCUAUAUAUUGUAAGAAUGGAAGUUAAUAUGGUAAUUCAUUCAUUUCUCUGGACCUAUUUUUAUCACUAGUAAAUGGUCAAGGAACAAUAUAAGUAAACAUUUUCCAUCACCAUGGAAGUUUAAGGUAAUCUAGCAUAUGCAAUUAUACAUGUUGUACUCUUGCGAUUAAGUCUUUUUGCAGUCAUGUUCUAUGCCACAUGUAAGAUACAUUAUCACACAGAGAUGUGCUAACACAAACAGUUCAAAUAAAUUUAUUUAAGGACAUCAUGUUUAAAAUGCUGGUGAAGUUGUAUCAUUCCUGAUAAGUUUGCUGUUUGUGAAUUUGUAGUCAUAUCACCAACAAAAACAAAAUAUUGUCUUUCUUAAAGGAACCGUAUGUAAGAAAUGUAUUUCAAUUAAUCAUAAAAUGGCCCUGAUCUGUCACUAGA